ACUGUAUGUGAACACAUGCUAAUUCUCUCUCUUUCUUUCCAUCACCAUCCAGCCUGUGGUCGUGGAUUCUACAAGUCUUCAUCUCAGGAUCUUCAGUGUUCCCGUUGUCCGGCACACAGUUAUAAUGACAGAGAGGGCUCAUGGAGAUGUGACUGCGAAGACGGCUACUACAGAGCCCUCUCUGACCCCGCAUCUGUCGCCUGCACUAGGCCACCAUCAGCUCCUCAGAACAUGCUUUACAACAUCAACCACACCACCGUCAGCCUAGAGUGGACCCCUCCAGCUGACACCGGUGGCCGUAAUGACGUGACAUACCGGAUUAUAUGCCGCCGCUGCACCUGGGAGCCGGAAAGAGUGCUUUCCUUGCGGGAGCAAUCGCACGCCAACUACACCUUUGAGGUCGAGGCCGUGAACGGCGUGUCCGACCUCAGCCGUACCCAGCGACUGUUUGCAGCCGUCAGCAUCGCAACCAGCCAAGCAG